UGUGUGUGAUUUUUGCGUGUUUCUUUGUGUGAAAUUCACACUGUAGAACCAGAUUUUGUUUAAAUUUCUGAUCUGUAUCUAAAUCUGUAUUUUUUUUUCCCGUUUAUUAUGAGCAAUUUUCUGUUUUAUUCGAAUUUUCUUUAUGUUUUACUGUGCAACGAUGUCGUUUUCACAUGUUUAGAAAAUGAUUUGUUUUUGUGUUUAAUUUUAGUGGGGAGAGAGUUUGUGCGAUAUGCAAUUGUGAGUACGUGUUAGGGAAGACACGUGUACGACGAUGAUGAACAACUCACGCCGUCAAUUUUUUCCGUCAAAUAAGCGAAAAGGGAGAGAUGAUGCUCCUAACGUCCUGAAGAAACCGUCAACAGUGACGACUAAAACAUUGGCCAAGCCGAGCCUUCACAGACCAGCAGCAACAAAGCCGUUAGAUCAGCCGGCUUCCAGCAAUACUAAUACCCUUCUGGCUGGGUAUCUAGCCAACGAGUUUUUAACAAAGGGUACCUUAUUUGGUCAGCCUUGGGAUCCAGCUCGAGCCGAAGUGGUUCCUCUGUCAGCCGCGACAUUUAAUCAGAAGCAGUCUUCGAGUCAGAAAAUGGGAAGUGAGCCGCAAAGAAAAGCCGAGAACGAGGCUGAGAGUUAUCAGAGAUAUAUGGAAGUAUCCCAUUUGUUGAAGUCAGAUGGGGCCCAUAUACCCGGUGUAUUCAACCCGACGCAACUCGUACGGUUCUUACAAAAUGGUCAAUGAUUUUACGGUACUACCCUUCCACGCGCGACAUACUCGUUGGAGCAUUUUAAAUUCUCGUUUAACUGUAGUUCCUGUUUUUGCAUUUAGGGUAUUGUAGACAUGUCAAUGGUUCUUUGUUUUGUUGUUACAUUCGAAAUUAUUUAU